AUGGGUUUCAUCACCGCCAAGAAACUGAUUGCCAAGGCCGGCAAGGGCGCAGCCACGAAACAGAUCGGGCUGUACGAGAACAUCGCGCGGUGGGCGGCCCGGGGUAUCCAGCUGGUGUUCGCUCUCGUCGUCGUAGGGUUGUACGCGCACCGGGUGGACGAGGACCGGCGGGCCGGGCGGGCCCAGUCGGCGGCGUGGGCGUACGCGACGGUGGUGGCCGGCAUGUCCUGCAUCACCUGCGUCGUCUACGCCAUCCCGUUCGCGCCCGUGCACCGGCUCUUCGCGUGGGACCUGACCUUGUUCAUCCUGUGGAUCGCCGUGUUCGGCACCUUUGCCAACAUCUUCCUCAAGCGGGAGGAGGACGAGUACGAGGGCACCAGCGUCCGCGUCAUGAAGGUUGGCGUCUGGAUCGACCUCGUCAACUGCCUGCUGUGGCUGGCCACGGGCGCGUACGGCUCGUUCCGCACAUUCCUCGGUAGAAAGGCCAAGGGCUUGGAGAACAAGCUGGACGGCACGUUCGAUGCGUGGGAGAGCAAGGCCAAGAACAAGGUGGCGGAGAAGGUCGGGUUCCCUCCUGCUGCGCAUCUCCAGGUGUAA